AUGAGUUUCUUGUACGAGCCUUCCUUCGGGAAGGGCAAGCUCCGGCUCAACCGACCCAUCAACCAGAACUUCGUUGUCGGCGGGAUCUUGUUCUGUCUGCCAGGUAUCUACCUCGCGCUGACCGGGCUCGGUGCGGGAGGUGGACGUCCCUCUUCCCAGACAGUCGCGUCCACCACCAAUGCCGUCCUCUAUGGCUUGUUCUGCCUGUUCGGCUGGAUAGGAGGUGCCAUCCUCAACCUGGUUGGGCCAAAGCUGACCAUGGCAUUCGGCGCCCUCGGAUAUCCUCUCUACGUCGGCGGGCUCUGGUACUUCGACCGACAGGGUCAUGCUUGGUUUCCCUAUUUCGCUGGAGCGCUGCUGGGCGUGACUGCUGGCUGCUUGUGGACGGCCGCCGGGUUCGUGCAGUUCGCCUACGCAGAAGAAGACCAGAAAGCCCUGUUCAUCACGUGGCAAUGGGUGUUCACAUCGUUUGGUGGCACGAUUGGGAGCCUCAUCGCCUUUGGAGUCAACUACCAUCAGACCGAGUCGACGGGCGUUUCCAACGCCGUCUACACCGUCUUCAUCGUCAUAAUGUGUCUGGCCAUCGUGAUAUCUCUCCUCUUCAUCAUCUCCCCGAAGAAGGUGGUCCGGGACGAUGGCACGCACAUUGCCAUCUUCACGCAGCCACGAGUCAUGGAGGAGAUCAAAGGCCUCAUCAUCUGGUUCACGGAUUACAAGAUCCUCGCGCUCAUCCCGGGCAUCUUCGUGGCCGAGAUGAACCUCGCCCUCCUAUCCAGCAUCAACGCGUAUUACUUCAACCUGCGCACCCGCUCGCUGAACAACGUGCUCUUCCAGUUCAUCAUGAUGCCCUGCCCCCUACUCCUCGCCUACAUCAUGGACACGAGCUACAUCAAAUCGCGGCGCGUUCGAGGCAUGAUCGGCGCCCUCAUCGUGGGCACCAUCUGCCUGGCCACCAACGCGGGCCUCGCCGCCUGGAUCACGAAGAACGACGUCAACCGCCAGAAGAACACUCCGCCGGGGGUCGACUGGAGCGACAGUGCCUUUGGCGCCGGGUUCGUCCUGUACCUCCUGUCCGGCAUCAUCUACGCGACGUAUCAGAUCGUCGUGCAAUGGACGCUGGGCGCCCUCUCCAACGACCCCGUGCAAUGCUCGCGCCUGGCCGGGCUGUUCAAGGGCACCACCGCGCUGGGCAUGUGCAUCUCGUUCGUCCUCGACAGCAAGGACGUGUCCUACAUCGACCAGCUGAUCGUGCAGUUCACGCUCUACGCCGUCGGGCUCGUCUUCCUGCUGGGCAUCAUCUGGUUCUGCGUCAAGGACACGAAUUAUUUCCUCGAGGACAACGUCAUUGUGCCGCACCGCUGGGAGGAGCGCGCGCGCAUCGAGGGUCUCGUCGCCGACGAGCAGAUCGAGAGGGAACACCAGAAGGAGAUGCUCGCGCAGAGGGGGUCUAUUGUCGACGAGAAGACUCUCCCUUCGUUGGAUAAGGGGGUUACCGCGUAG